AUGAAUUGGACAGGCGGCCAGCUGCAGCGUCAUCACAAUCGCUCAGGCCUGUUGACCAAAGCUCAAAAACAGAAUUUCGCCAAGUCGAGACUUCAAAAGAACACGGUCAUUCCCCCGCCCUCGCCAUUUCGUAACUUUCUUAAUAUUGGAUUCAAGGGCUCGAGCACUAGAGAAAAGGAUGAGGCAGAGACAAAUGGAAAUCAAGUUGCGGAAGAACCGGCCUUGCAUUCGACUGGUGAUCGGUCCUCUCGAAAUGGCACUGGCUUGAGCGAGGUCAAGCGCCAGCUGCUGAAAGAACCUGAUUGGGCAGCUGUGUCUGUUACACGUCCACUUGAGCUUGCAUUUACAUCUGUGGAGGAAGUCGAGCGGUUUGGGAAGCGACGAAAGCUGAAUGACAAGGACAGAAAACGACUGGUAGCUAACAACAAUGAGGCUAUCUUUUUCGAGCGACCCAGACCUCCACGAAGAAGCAGAAAUUCAUCUUCGGUGAUCGAUACCACUAAAGAAGACAUCCAGUUUGAGAUCAACGGACGACCAGUGGCGCAAUCUAAUGGCAGCUCAGGGGUGGUCAUGAACAGCAUAUCAUCACAGUCAAUGUUACUUGACCAUGAAGGAUCUCCUUCUGUGGAACAGUACCUGGGGAAAGAGAACCUGACAGCUACCUGGGUUGCCAAUCUGUUUCCCCGUUCGCAAUGA